UCACGUUUCGAACAGCUCUGAUAAGGGUAGCUGGAGAUAGUGUGCACUGCAAUUCGUUCUUAUAAUUUCCUGAUGUCUGACGUUUUGAACCUUUCCUGUGUCUUUUCCUGAAAGAGGUUGGCUGCAGCUGCAGUUCCUCUGUAGAGUCAGAUUUGAGGCUUUUUUGAGGCUUCUGAAUCCUUCAUUUAUUUAUUUUAAGUGUAUUGCAGUUGCGUUGGGUUUAAACCCGUAUGUAUAGUGGAUUCCUCAAAGUCUGUUAUUCUAUGAAAUAUUACACUUGUUGUAUCAGUUACAUCUACUCAGGGUGUCAAACUGAAAUAUUUGCUGUUUCGCUUCGGGAAUCUUAGUUCCGUUUUAGUCCAUUUCGUGAGCGCCGAAAUAAUGGUUCCAGCUGGUUUCGUUCAGUUCAUAAUGGUUCAGUGCACUGUAAAAAUAAUAAUAAUAAUAAUAAUGGUUGGGCCAACAUUCUGUUCUAGUGCGCCGGAGUGUACAGUGCAGGAUGCAAGCUUUCCUACGAACACGUUAAAGGGGCACUAAAAUGCGAAAACAAGUUCACUUCAAACUACGUUAAACGCCACAUUAAUUUUGUAAUUGUUAUCGUAAUUCAAAACUUCGAUUGCGUUAGGAAGCCACGAUCAAAAUUACACUGGACUCGUUCUUGCUUCGGUGCUAAGCAGUGAACAACGCUUCAGCUUGUGCAUCGGUGUUUUAGUCCAUGCCGCAUGUGUGGCACACCGUGGAGCAGUCCGGGUGAAAAACAUAGCGCGCGUUACAAAGCGGACUGCUGUCGCUGUUCGAAGGAGAUGUUCUCAGUGGAACAUUCGUGUGGACCGUUGUGGGCUACAAUUUAGUAAAUCGUUAUUGAAAAAUGCAGCAGUGCGCAUAUACGGAACACUACGAUUGAACAUGUUCCGAAAGCCACACGGCCACUCUUGCCAUGCGUGCGCUUUUCCUGCAGUCUCAUUGGAUGCCGCCAGUUAGAGCCCUGCGCGGAUGAGGUUUUUGGCAUCCGCAUCCGACCCGCAUCCGCGCACAAGUUAUCCGAUCCGCAUCCGCACCAUACACAACAGUUUACAUCCGCAUCCGAUCCGCUGAGCAAAACGCACCAUCCGCAUCCGAUCCGCAAAAAUCCGCACGUUUCGAAAGACACGUAAAGACCGCCGGAAGCAUGUUGGUAUAAUUUCGGAUGCCUCCAUGCUGUCACGGAAGGACUCAGUCAUGACGACAAGCAAAGGUAAACCUUUCAACAAACGCGAUAUGGAGAGACUUCUGGAACGCGUGGAACGCUACCUCGUCGGCGCUCGCGCGGUUCGAGACGCCUGAAUGCCUCCUCUCCCGUCUUGGCGCCGUGCAUGGUCAAAGGUGAACCAGAACAUGCGCUUGCUGUCGGCGCGCAAUACAAAUAAAUUGCGGGUGGAAAAAUGACAGCACGCGGUAUAUCCGCAUCCGAUCCGCUACCGAUCCGCUGCCUUCGUAUCCGCAUCCAAUCCGCAUCCGACCUCGAGCCAUCCGCAUCCGAUCUGCACACCGCAGAAAGUGCUAAAUUUUCAUCCGAAUCCGCAAGUAUAUUGCGGAUAUCCGCGGAUAUCCGCUUCCAUCCGCGGAUGGUGCAGGGCUCUACCGCCAGUCUUUGCAUCCUGGGGAUCCCACUCGCUGCCGGCAAAGACGGCUCUGUUUUCACUGUGUUUUUCUUCUAAAUGCUAAUGCUUUGUGAACUAAUUUUGUUUGAAUUGUGCUACCGUAAUUUCACGCGUAUUAGCAGCGGCUUAUGCACGAUUUUUUUUUUUCUCUCACGGACUCUCUGCAGCUUGUCCACCGGUGCGGCUUAUCUCAUGACUAUUUUUUCCCGGUAUUUUCCGCAUACGCCGGUUUUAACGAAAGGGCCGACAGUGUCUCUGGAACAGCACUGCCCUGCCGAUGCACGAAUAGUGCGUAACGGACAGUGAUGGCCACUAACUACUUCUACAGUAGUCUAACUAUAACUACUAACUACUUUGCGAUUGAGUAGUUUAACUAGUAGUUCAACUACUUUUCAGGGGAGUAGUUAAAACUACUUCUUUAACUACUGCAAUGUAGUUUAACUACAUCUAUAACUACUUAAAGUUGUCCAUCAACACCAAUCCCUUGCAGUGUUCUUGGACACCUAAAUAUGAAUCACAAGCAAUGUUAAACUUUGGCUCAGGCUAUUGCUACGAUCGUCAACUACAAAGCUUGGGGUGGGAUUCUUUCUGUGCCUACGCGAUAAACUAAGUUGCAGAAUUAUUUCGCAGCAAAUGAGGCUUCACUAGACACGCAUUAAAAGUUAGUACACAUGCACGACACAAUUCCUCUGCACCUCCGUUCUCAUCAAACAAGUAGCUCGAGAUAAAAGUCGGAAGCACAAUCGUGUCGUAAAGCUUGCGGCAAAAUCGGAAGUAGUUGGCGUCUUCAGUAACCUAACUACUGUAGUUAACUACUUAAAAUAGUAGUUUAACUAGUAGUUGCCACUACAUUUCUGCAAGUAGUUGAUAACUACUUUUUAACUACAAUCAGGUAGUUUAACUAGUAGUUUAACUACAUGUAGUGAACCACUGGCCAUCACUGGUAACGGAUGGGUCCACAUUCGAGUAGAUUGAUCCUCCUGGUGCAUUCCUCCAAGCAGCUUUAACGAAAGCGGUGACAGUGAUUCACGUUUUCUGGAAGACCACUGACCCAUCAAUCCAUGAAAAACGCCCAACAAGGGCACAAUCUGAUCUUCGUAGAACAGUAGAACUGACCUCCUUUGUUGUACACCAUGCCGACCCUGAAGAAUGGACCACAAGGUUUAUGGCCUUCUCUAUGGUCUCCUUUGUCGCACAAAGCAGUCGUCUCGUAUUGCCCGCGGCUUAUCUGCCAGAAAAUUUUCGAAACGUUCCUAAAAACGCGUCCUGCGGCUUAUCUGCGGUGCGGCUUAUACGUGUGAAAUUACGGUAAUUGAAGUUGUCUUUGCAUUUUAGUACUCCUUUAAGUCAACAGCCUUUUGAUAUCAAUCAUUAAUUUAUUUAAGAUAUGCACGAUGAGUUGGUGACGAUGCAAGCAUGAUGACUUGUUAUGGUAAAAUAGUGAGCACAUGUUCUGUUUGUAUAGUAUCUACACUUUGCCCAGAUCGCCACAGCACAGUGGGUGAAUCAGUGUAGCAAAGAAGCAAAAAUAAGUGUUCUACUACAAAGCUGGAAACACAACUCAGAGCUCGGGAUGACCCAGACACCAAGUUCAUGUCUAGAAGGAUUACAAGCAUUGUGUAUUUUAGUGUGAAUGGAAUUUUCAUUACCAUUUGCAGCAUAUGAGGCUGUCGACUAGGGUGCCCUUCACACUAUUCUUAUCGUCCAUGUGUCCGAGUGCUCUCCGAAAAACAAAAAAUAACACUGGACAGUUUACCAAACAGUACUUUUCAUUAGGUCCAGUUCAAUGUCAGUUCCAAGUCUGGAAAAACAAAAAUUGUGGUUUAGUUCCCGGUUCCAGUUCUGGGAAAAAAUAGUGGCUCAGCCACAAUUUACGUUUUGGUUCUAGUUUUGACACCCUGGUCAUACUUACGUACUUAUCAUGUCCAUGCUCACAGUGUGUGCACGACUGACAUUGCUGACAUGAUUUCAAUGAUAAUGUGUCCAUACUUUAUUAGUAUAUCUUUCAUGUACUGGAUCAUUUGGUUCAUGGAGACGAUACUUACAUCCUCCACAAAUAAUCUACUCUGUAAUCCUUUUGUGAACUUUGAGAAAUGUGUUGGGCUCCUGUAUUACUUUCUUUUUCACAAACGUAUUGACUACAAAUUCUUCAUGUUGUGGGUUUUCUGAUGCACUUUCAGGCUACUGAGCUCAAUGUUUGUCUGAUUCUUCACUCAGUAUUAGAACCAUUGAAACCACAGAAUUGCUUGUCCGUCAGCUCUACAUUUUUCUCUCUGUAUUAUUGUACGCCCUAACUGACAUUAUCUUAGCUUGUCUCUUGUUUAAAAUAUAUGCUUCUAUGUAUUGAAGAGCUCCAAACCCCCAAGAGGAUUAGUGACACAUCUUAAAAGUGUUAAAGCCCCGGUGCUGGUUCAUUCCUGUUGUAUGCAUCUCGUCUCAUUUGUGUGCCCUAGUACAAGGUUUACACACUUUUACAAAAGUCUUUUUCUGUCGUUGCAGUUUGUGAGAUUGUUUUUUUUUUUUUUUGUCUCUAUUAUAUCAACCCUGAGUGUUGAGCUUAUCUACGUAUAUGUUCAGCCUGUAUGACCUGCCAUUGCUCACUUUGAAAGUACAGUCAAACUCCUUUACAACGAAACUCAGGGGACAGCAAAAAAAAUUUGCAGUAAAGGUAUUUUCGUUAAAAAGGAUGUUCAUUAUUGGACCUAUAGGGCUCCAGUGGGACUGCAAAAAAUUUUGCUGUAGUGGUAUUUUCGUUAAAAAGGUGUUCACUAUAAAGGAGUUUGACUGUAUCAGAAUGUUAUUUUCGUCACCCAUUUUAUCUUCCUCACAAUAUUUAUAUAGAUACCUUCUCUGAAUAUUGAGCAUGCUGCCUACAUAAAUGAUCAAUCGCUAGUUUCUACAAUUUGCUCAGCUUACAAAAAAUUGUGUGCCAUGGCCACGACCUACUACAGGUUUUCCAGGCGAUUUUAAUUCAAGCGCCAUCGAAAUUAAUCCACGUGCCAUGCAAACUUUAUGGGGCAUGGAUUAAUUUAGCUGGCACUUGGAUUAAAAUUGCCGGGAAAACCUGUAGAUGAUAACGACCAUGUCAUAAUCGGCGACCCCUAUCAGGAGCUCGUCCGCACGAUCCGCUAGGAGCGCUACUCAUCCGCCCGCGAGGUCUACAUCACGAUUGGACAAUAGAAAUUUGAAUUUGGAACACGCAGAAGCGGACGUACGACUAACGUAGCAGACGACAACAACAACAGCUCCUAUGAAAACGCGUAGAAUGAUGAUGAUAAUCAACUUUAGAAAGAAGAAUCGUCCGUGAGACAUGCACUGCUUGUACAAAAAUACUAAGCUGAAGUACAAAGUAUCGCAGAAAUUGAAGAAGCAAUAACCGUGCCGAUGAGUAGCUCCAACGCUAGCUUCCAAACAGAGAUCGGAAACCGCAACUGAACCCGAACUGAAAACCGGAAAAAAAUGAUUUAUUUUCGGACGAACCCGAACAAUUUUUUUGUUUGUCCUGAACCCAACCAGAACUGAACAAAAAAAAAUUCGUUGUCCUGAACCACACCAGAACUGAACAAAAAAAAUGUGUUGUCCUGCACCGAACCAGAACUGAACAAAAAAAAAUUGUUGUCCUGAACUAAACCAAAACUGAACAAAAAAAAAUUUGUAUGGUUACCGGUUCGGGAAUUGGUUCAGAGGUGAAACCAUUGUACUCAUGACCGACCUUUUUUUGACUCACCUGAAACGGUUAUCUGACACCUUUCUCUUACAACCAUGUACGGUGAGCGUAAGCUCGCUUUGAUAUAGCAAAAUUACUGCCCAUGAACCGGUUAAACCGGGCACGAAAAAAAGUAACGGUUCCAAUCCCUGUAAAUGUCCCGACCGCUGACCUUUUUUUUUUGUCUGUGUGUGUGCGGGGAGGUGUUCUCCCUGAGCCAAACCCAAACCGAACCGAUAUACUUAAACCGCUUUAAAGUAGCACAGAAGUCAUUUUUAACACCCAUUUUUCUUCCUAUAAAACUGUUAAGUAGGCCAGUAAGAUGCGAAGUAAUUUACACCACAGUCAUAAUUAUCGCAGAAAUUGUAUUUAAAAUACGCCGCAAAAAGCGACCGUGCGCAACGGCGGUGAAGAGCAGUACCAGCCUGUGAUCUGCCUGGAACCUCGCGCUGACGCUAUAAGGAGAACGCUCGCUGAUUGGUCUAGAGAAAUGUUGUCUGCUACUCCGCUGUUCUGGGUUUGGUCUCCUUGCUCGGUAAUGCUUCGGCCGCUCCUUCUAUCCCCAAUUCUCCGGGAGAACUGGCAAAACAGGUUUACGGUGGCAAAGAGACGAAGGCGCUGACCUCCACUGACCGGCGAACCAGAACGAGUUCUCCUUAUACCGUCAUCGGUGACAUGGCAUUCAUACCUCCUCAUCCUCGUUAUAGCUGGAGUGGCGAGUUAAGGGUAAAUGCACGGAGCCAUGUUUACGUGAGUUCUUUUCUGGGAAACAAAUUGCACACAUCAAAACCUUUCACGCUAUUCGGUAUAAUGACACACACACUUUCAUCAGAUGUCUUAAUCUGAAUUUUUUUUUGAUGGCCCUCUGUACUCCUUUAAGCUGAUAAUUUCGGUUCAGCGGAGCUAAACCUGAACCAAACCAAUAUGCCUGAACCCGAACCAGACCGGAAAAAAAACAACACCGGUUCCGAUCCCUCCUUCCAAACGCGGCGCUGGGAAGGGGUGCCUGUGACAUGGUCAUUAUAAUCUAGUAGGUCAUGGCCAUGGCACAUCCCUUUAUUCCUUAUCCCAUACCAUUUUAUAUAUCUGAUAAAGCGGCAACCUUGGCCCCCUCCUCUUGCAGACGACAGACGAGUGCACAGGCCGUACUCCUUCAAGUGCUCGCAGUGCGGCGCCGCGUUCAACACCGAGUCGUCCCUCGCCCUGCACCGCCGGUCGCGGCUCCCCUGCACGGGAAGGAGGCACCGCUGUCGCCUGUGCAACUACGCCACCGACUACACGACCAGCCUCAGGGCGCACGAGAGGACGCACACGGGCGAGAAGCCCUACAUCUGUCACAUCUGCUUCAAAAGGUUCUCGCAGAAGGGAACGUUGAAGGCGCACUCCAAGACGGUCCACAUGGGAGAGCAGGCGCUGCAGCUGUGGACGUAGACGCCCCCUCAAAAAGGAUUCUUGCGGAAGGGAGGAAAGUUAAGCAAGAAGAAGGCGGCGGUGAGGAAGGACAGUUUGCGUGCUCCCCCUGCGGCGGAGCCUUCGUCUCCGAGACUUUCCUGCAGGGGCACCGCGGGGAGAAGCGCCCGAGCGGGGGAGACAAGCACCGGUGCAGGUUCUGCGACUACGCGAGCGCGGACGCCUUCUGCGUCCGCAAGCACGAGCGGGUCCACACGGGGGAGAGGCCGCACGUCUGCCAGGUCUGCAGCAAGGGGUUUGCGCAGCGGAGCAACCUGGUGAAGCACCUGCGGAUGGUGCACCGGGGGGAGAGGGUGUACAAGUGCGCCACCUGCGGGGACAGCUUCCAGCAGAAGCACCACCUGAAGGACCACGGGAGGGUGCACACCAAGGAGAGGCCCCACGUCUGCGAGCUGUGCGGCACCGCGUUCACGCUGAAGCGGAACCUGCGGAGGCACCUGCGCCUCACCAGCUGCAACGGCCACAAUAAGUAGUUCCCUGGCGCGUGGGGUGACUCGUAGGGUCGUGAGCGGUGUCGCGGUUUUCUGUCCGUCCCGUCCAAGGCGAAAUCGUGACGUGACUGCGUGUAUCUAGGGGUGUAUGUAGGGGUGUAUCUAUUGUAUCUAGGGACGUGCCAACCAAAUCCUCGAAUCCUAGGCAGGGAUUCGAGAUUCGCGAAUCCGAAUCCCACUGUCUUUAAAAAGGCGAAUCGAAUCUUUCACAACCAACAAACACAAAAGAACGACGACAGAACUGAUGUUCUGAGGCUGGAACAACAUAGAAGGGACAAAUACACACAAAGCCUCAAUUUGCCUAAGAAAUUAUAUUUCAAUAUAUUUAUUAGUCAACUCUAUUAGAAAAUACGUACAUAUUUACAUGCGGGUGGGCAGAACCCGGUAGGAAACAAAAUCCCUGUUAAAGGGUUCUCCGUAGUGAUUAACAAAUACAUCAAAGACAGUUCACCGAGCAUUAACAUACAUUAAUUCGGCAUUACACUUCUAGAAGGCUUCCUGUGACUGGUUAGAAGACACUAACAGUAGCAGUAAGACAGCUAAACGUACACAAAAAAGAGAUCCGUAUAACAACUCAUUACAUGGGUAAAGAGGAUAGUAAGAAGUUUUUAGUUUGGAGUUUAAACGCAGUCCUCCUUAUUUCCUCGCAUACAAUGCGGAAAAUAAAUGAGCGCUUACCGUAAUUAGUUUUUGUUAAUGGUAAAUUGAGCAGACCCUCCGCUCCAGCCCUGCUUUGAUGUUUUGCCUUCAAAUGGUCAUGACUAAGCGUUUUCUGAUUCUAAACAGCCGGUAAUAUAUGACCGUGCGAUGAGUAGGACGUUAUGGGAAAUUACUUGUUGAAUACUUAAUAUUCUGUAAUUAGUCAUCACAGGAGAAACAUGGUGAACGAUGAAAGACGAAAGUCGCUGAAAAGGUUAGCCAGCUGUAGGACUCGAACCCAUAUCUUCCUGGAUUACUGGUAAUCCAGGAGAUGUGGAGUCCUACAGGUGGCUAACCUUUUCAGUGACUUUCGUCUUUCAUCGUACACAAACCACGUUUGUUUGUUUGUCUUUCAAGUUCUUCUGGUUUCUUCUUCUUUGUUUCAAAGUCUUCUUGUUUGUUUGCUUACAUUUUUGCUCUAGACUGAAAGGGUUCAGACAGGCACUGUUACGUUACAAAUUUAAAAGUAACAUGGUUUUGUGUUUGAUAGUUGGUUAGCUUUAUUGAAAUAAUUCUGGCUCGAGAACUUACGUAUUUUCUUGUAGUUGUUGAACAGCAUGCUAAAUAAAGAAGAGUUGUACGGGUAUGUUUUCUCCUGAAACUGCAUUAUUAUUUAAUUUGUUUUUCACUAAACCAGUGCAUCAUGUUCUGCUUCAAAACACUUUUCACACAGAUGUUUUCUCGUUUGUUUAUAUUGCUCUGGAACUGUUACAUUAGAAGUUUAAAAGUAACCCGGUAUUGCUUUUGACUGUUGCCUAGUUUUAUGGAAAUAGUCAAGAAUUGACGUAUUCCUUGUAGUCGACAGAAAACAUGUUAAAUAAAUUUACGUUUAAGAA